AGCACGCUUUUGUUCAAAAAGUGGCUGCUGCUCUGAGGUGCGCUGCCACAUAUCACUACUUACAUUUAGUUGAUCUUAGCUGCAGGAUGACUUCUCUCAGUCUCAUCCGACCCCUCAUCUUAAACGUCCACUUCCUGAUGUGGAUGUCGAGCUAGUUUUUUUUUCACUUUUUACAGUUCUUCAAGGAAGAAAGUGGAGACCUGGGAACUGGUGAAGGAUUUCCCCGCCGAUCCACUUCUCUGGAUUGUAAAACUGCCGCCGUGUUUAGUUAGUAGACAUUCACCAUGUGUUUCUGACAGAGGGGAGAGAGCGAUCUAAUGCUUCCCUUCAUCUUCCUCCUCCUCCUCCUCUUCACCGGACAUCUGCGGGAGAGGGUGUCCCGUCUGCUCUCACGCAGCCCCUGGAGUUUCCUCGCGGCGUGAGCGUGGAAGAGCUCAACCUGGAGAUAAUCGAGAGAAACGCUUUAAAAGACCCACGGAAGCUCAUUUGAAUGCCUUUGCAAGGACUUUGCUGGUUUCUGUGCUGCAGGCAGGGCUUCAGUUUGCUCGGACGCGACUAUGGGGAGAAAGAGGAGGAAGAGUCUUUCGAAUUGCGCAACAAGGAGGACUUGACUCCCAAUGGCCGGAGUCCAGCUGAUGUGACUGUUUCUCAACCAACUCGUACAGCCAAUGGAACAAAUGGGCACACCGUGUCAGAGGCGCCUGAAGAGAUGAAGAGCCUGAUCAUUGACAAGAAUAAGAUGGGCCUGGAGGAAGAGCCCGAGCUGCUGGUCAAAGGGUGGCUGUUGCGGGAGGUGCGAGGAAACUGGAUUAAGCAGCGUCGGUACUGGUUUGUGCUGAGCCAGGACUCACUCGACUACUACACCGGCCCAGAGAAAGGAGCGCGCAGACUGGGCACGCUGGUCCUCACCAGCCUCUGCUCCGUCAUCUGGCCCGACAAGCAGACCUACAAGGAAACAGGCUACUGGAGCAUCACAGUAUAUGGGCGGAAGCACUGCUACAGGCUAUACACCAAGCACUUCAAUGAGGCUGUGCACUGGGCAUGUGCCGUCCAGAAAAUCAUUGAUACCAAAGCACCGGUGGAAACGCCAACACAGCUCCUGAUCCGAGACAUCGAGGAGAAUAAGUUCAACCCCGAGGUUGUGGAGCACAUCUACCAGCACAACCCCAUCCUGAAGUACACCCAGGGCCCCCUGUACGCCCCUCUGCUUCCUUUCCCCUAUGGCAGCCUGGAGCACAUAUACCACAGUGGGAAGGGUUACGGCUCGGUGCGUGAGGAGGCCGUGAAGCUCUUCAACUGCCUGCAGCAGCUGGAGUUGGCACGGGAGCCAGUCCCCAUUAUCCAGGGCGUGCUGCAGACCUGCCUGGACCUGCGGACACUCCGGGACGAGGUCUACUGCCAGCUGGUGAAGCAAACGAGCUACACGCCUGCCCCGUACACCGCCGCACACCUCCGCUACUGGCAGCUCCUCACCUGCAUGAGCUGCACCUUCCUGCCCGGGCCCACCGUGCUCAAGUAUCUGCGGUUCCACCUCAAGAGGAUUCAGAGCCAGAGUCCUGAGUCUGAGAUGGAUAAUUACGCGUCAUUCAUCAGCGAGGCUCUGGAGAAGACCAAGUGUCGGGAGUGUGUGCCAUCCUGGGAGGAGAUCCAAAUGCUGAUGAGCAGACAGGAGAUGCUGUGCACUGUGCACUACCCUGGCCCCGGCUCCUGCCAGCUCUACAUCAGCUCACACACCACUGCCAAUGAGGUGGUUCGCAGGAUGCAGGAGAAGCUCGGCCUGCAAGAGAGCAAAAACACGUUUGCACUGUAUGAGCAGAAUGCAUUGUGGGAGCAGCCGGUUGCAGGCGGCGCUCUGAUCGCAGACAUCCUGACCAGCUUCUUCACCAAAGAGUCCGAGUCGAAGUCCCAGUGGAAGCUGUGUUUCAAGCUCUACUGCCUUUUGGAUGCUGACAGCAUAUCAUCGGACAGCAUCGAGUAUCUCUUCCUCUUUGAGCAGUGCCACGAGAUGGUCGUGCGCGGCCAGCUGCCAGCCUGUGAGGAGGACCUGCAGGCCUUGGCGGCCCUGAGGCUCCAGUGCCUGAUGGGGGACUUCAGCACGCACGCCCCCUGCCCACCUCUGGACGAGCUCUUCCCCGGCGACAUGCUGGAAGCUCGCGUCCUCAUGUCCCUCGCUGCCCCGCAGGCCCUGCCGCCCUGUCUGGUGGCGGCUCAGGGCUGUCCGACGACGCAGCGCUUCCCCACAGGCCUCCUGGCGGGGACGCUGUGGAGCCACACGGCCACGGCAGCGCACAAGCAGAAGGUGGAGCAGGACAUGCGCCUGCUGAGCCGGCUGAAGGAGGAGGCGGCGGCCGUCAUGGGGUCCAUCUUGGAGCGUUGGAAAGGUCUGGCCGGCUACAACCGCAGGGACAGUAUGGCCGCCUACCUCACAAUUGCACGCCAGUGGUCGGGCUUUGGAUGCACGCUGUAUGAAGUGGACUUUUAUAUUAGUUCGACGGGGAGUUUUUCCCAGAAGCUGUGGCUGGGCGUUGCUGCUACAUCCGUGUCUCUGUACCGGCAGGGAGAAGCAGAGGCCCUUGAGUCCUUCCCUUAUGGCCAGAUCUGCUCCUACGGUGUAUCGGACAGCAACACCUUCAAGAUCACAGCCGGGGAUCGGGAUCUGCUAUUUGAAACCACCAAGCUGACUGAGAUCAUGCAGCUGAUGAACGCAUAUUUCAGUGCCAUCCGUCGCCAGCGAGGGAAAGGGGAGGAUGCGGACAUCUCCAAAGCGGAGAGCACGGACGUGGGCUUCCGUCACCUGGGCUCGAUGCAGACGCCCACCCUCCUGGAGCUGCCCUCACACCCCGUCUGA